CCCGCCGUCUCCAGAGCGAGGUUUAGGGUUCUUCGGAGGCGGUGGGUUGUCCCCGGAUGAUUGUGGCAGGGGGAUCAUGACGGGGAAGAAGUCUUCCCGGGAGAAGCGGCGCAAACGGAGCGGCCAGGAGGCGGCCGCGGCGCUCGCGGCGCCGGACCUGGUGCCCGCCCUCGCCGGCAGCGGCAGCGGGAGCGCUAGCGGCUGCGGCAGCACCAGCGGCUGCGGGAGCGUCAGCUGCUGCGGGAACACCAGCCUCGGGGGAAGUGUCAUUGGCGGGGGGAGCGGCGGCAGUUGCUGGGGCGGGAGCGGCGUGGAGCGCAGCGAGCGGCGGAAACGCAGGAGCACCGACUCGUCUUCCAGCGUCUCGGGCUCCCUGCAGCAGGAGACCAAAUAUCUUUUGCCAACUUUGGAAAAAGAAUUAUUCUUGGCAGAGCACAGUGACCUUGAAGAGGGUGGACUGGACCUGACUGUGUCGUUAAAACCAGUUAGUUUCUAUAUAUCAGACAAAAAAGAAAUGCUUCAGCAGUGUUUCUGUAUCAUAGGAGAGAAGAAGUUACAGAAGAUGCUUCCUGAUGUGUUAAAGAACUGCUCAAUAGAAGAAAUUAAAAAACUAUGCCAGGAACAGUUAGAGCUCCUGUCUGAAAAAAAAAUCUUGAAGAUUCUUGAGGGUGACAGUGCCGUGGACUCUGAUGUGGAGGAAGAGGCAGAUGGUGGCUCUAAGAUGGGGUCUGACUCAGUCAGUCAACAAGACAUCUGUAUAGAUUCUACUUCAUCCCUGAGAGAGAACAAGCAAGCUGACAAUUUGGAAUUAAAACAAGGCAAAGGGGAAGAUAGUGAUGUGCUCAGUAUAAAUGCAGAUGCUUAUGACAGCGACAUAGAAGGCCCAUGCAACGAAGAAGCAGCUGCUCCUGAGGUCCCAGAAAAUACAGUCCAAAGUGAAGCUGGUCAGAUAGAUGACCUGGAGAAAGACAUUGAGAAAAGCGUGAAUGAAAUUCUGGGACUGGCAGAGUCUAGCCCAAAGGAACCCAAAACAGCCACCCUGACUGUUCCUCCACCGGAAGAUGUUCAGCCUUCUGCACAGCAGCUGGAGCUGCUAGAACUUGAGAUGAGGGCACGAGCUAUUAAAGCCCUCAUGAAAGCCGGUGAUAUAAAGAAGCCAGCCUAGUUAUUGAACUGGGAUCUGAAUUUUAGAUGUGUUUGAACAAAGCCACAUCAUAUAAUUUUUGUAUCUGAAGUUUAUUUUGGGUCUUAGAGGAUAUUUCUCAUGUAAUCCUUAUUGGAUAAAGUCAUUUUAGGCCUAAAAUAUCCAUAUGGGUCUGUUGUUGUUGUUGUUGUUGUUGUUGUUGUUGUUGUUACUUUCAUAUAUGUGUGAUCGUUUUAUGACUUCAUGGCAAAUAUCACUGGGUAACCUGGAUACUUUGUUAGAUGAGUAUUUAGCUAUGUUUGCAAAUUAACGUCUGAAAAGCCAUUAGCAAAGAGGAAUGGUAAUUUUGUCCUUCUUUUUAAAUGUUUUGGCACCACACCAAAAAGCUUAAGAAAGAUUGACCAAGCAUGUUGCUCUUAAGGCUAUCUAUAUUUUGCAAUAGAAUUACUGCUUCUAGAUUUGUUAACAAUUUAAGAAAUUUAGUUAAGCUUAUAUGUACUUUUAAAAUAUGUAUUGUCUUGAAAAUGGCUUCUAUGGGUAUGGAUUUACUAGUAAAAACUGAGUAACGUUUUUCAUUAUAAGGCUUACAGAUCUGAAAUGGCUGAGAAAAACUUACUUUAUAAAAGAAAAAAUGGACUUAAUUUAAGGCAGUGUUUAACAAUGUAGAAGUAAUUGCCCAACUUUAAUUCCAGCAGGCAAGCCAUUCUAACAGGUAUUUAAUAUUAUUGGACACUUUGUUCAAAUUUUUUUCUUCAAUUAAAAGGGAACACAUUUUCAUUUACAUUCCAAGCUAUUAGGAAAAGGAGAAUAUUUUAUCGUACAGGCUUUCAUCUGGUGUUUUUUUGCUUGAAGAUCUGAUGUGCUAUAAUUCCAUGAAUUAAAAAUAAUAAAGACUAUCAUUCUGG